UCAAGCCAUUCACACGCAUAUUACUGUACUGUCUCUAUGCAAGAUGUGUUUGUACAACGAACGAAUCUGAAAUCCCACAGAGACUGGAACACCAACAAAGUAUGAGGACCGCAAUGGUGCGCCUCUCAAGCUGGACUAAAGCGACUCUGUGACAAGAAAGUGGUUUGAAAAAAAGGCGAAACGUUACAUUAGUUAAAGAGAAGAGAAAAAGAGGAGAACAGGUUUUCCGGUUGCAACGUUGCAGACUUGCUAAUAAGCUAGCCUGGGACUUCUACAGCCCCGGCUUCAUUAGCUUAGCUAGCUAGCGAGCUAACACACUGAUGUAGCGACAUCAAAGAAAUGCGGUGGGAGUUUGUCCCGAGGUCUUUCAUUGCGUUAAAAUGUUUAUUUUAAAACUAAACCAGUAUGACGUCGUGUAACAGCCGCUGUAAAGUAACACCGAGAGCUUUAAUGUGAAGCGGCGGGCGAGGAGGGAGUGAGGUUGCUCAGGUAACGUUAGUUAUGAGCAGUUUCAACAUUGCAACCAAAACCUUCUAAUUGAGCACCGACGGCAAAGGGUCCGCGUUAGCGCCACCAUCAACAACAACAAGGAGUGGGGUCUCGGGGGCGAUGUGUUUCCGUGCUGUCACGAGAUGAGUCCCAUGGACGACAUGAUGCAGGCAGGUAUGUCCUCGGUCCAGUCGGGGCUGGACGGACACCUGCCGCUUCUCCACGCCAGGCACCACGGCGCCCAGGACGGGCUGCUCCUGGACCUGGACUCCACGACAGCCUUCCUCGACAGCGGCUCUCUGGAGUACAGCGACAACGACGGCAACAACGCGGGUCCGUUGUUCGAGAGGAGGAAGAGAUCGCGCUCCAACAGCUCCAGGCACCGCUUCAACGAGGUGGUCACGGAGCUCGGUCCCGAGGAAGUGCGGUGGUUUUACAAGGAGGACAAGAAGACUUGGAAGCCCUUUCUCGGGCACGACUCCCUUAAUAUUGAGCGCAUGUUUCGGAAGUACUGCGAACUGAACCCUGGCGCGGCAGGCUCCCAGGUCAGAUGCGGGGAGGAAGACUGCGGGAAUAACGGCGUGGAGGGCAGAGGAAUUAACGGCACGGUGCCGGUGGAGACGAGGACCAGCAGUGUGCACGGUGGACACGGGUCCGUGGACACAUCCACCGUGUCCUCGGAGGAGAGGGACACAGACUGCAUCGACAUCAACGUUGAGCCUGUCUGUGUCCGGGGAGGGCUUUAUGAAGUGGAUGUUAAAGAGAGGGAAUGUAAUCCUGUUUACUGGAAGCAACAAGACCAUAUCCCAGUCAUGAGGGGCCAGUGGUUUAUCGAUGGCACCUGGGUCCCAUUGGAGGAAGAGGAAAGUGACCUCAUCGAGCAUGAGCACCUGAACCAUUUCCGCGGGCAACAAAUGCAGGACACCUUCGAGACGGAUCUGGUGGUUAGGACCGUCGACAGCAAAGAUGUUCUCUCCCACCUGCCCCCUUUCUACCUCCCUUUUCUUUUCAAAUGGAGUGGAUAUCAGACGAGUGCUAAAACUACAGGUCACAAGCGCAAACGCUGCCAAGCCAUCCACAGUCUGAAGCUGAGUCGGACCCAUGUGGAUUGGCACAGCGUCGAUGAGGUAUAUCUCUACAGCGAUGCCACCACUUCCAAAAUUGCACGCACCGUCACCCAGAAACUGGGCUUCUCCAAAGCCUCCAGCAGUGGAACGCGGCUCCAUCGGGGUUUUGUCGAGGAGGCCUCACCUGAGGACCGACCCCCUCAGACUACACACAUCGUCUUUGUGGUUCAUGGGAUUGGACAGAAGAUGGACCAAGGACGCAUUAUUAAAAACACUGGAAUGCUGAGGGAGGGUGUGAGGAAGAUGGAGGAGAAGCACUUUUUGGAGCACAAUGACGAGCAUGUUGAGUUCUUGCCUGUUGAGUGGCGCUCCAAACUCGCGCUGGAUGGAGAUACGGUAGACUCAAUAACUCCAGACAAAGUGAGAGGACUGAGAGAUCUACUCAACAGCAGUGCCAUGGACAUCAUGUACUACAACAGCCCCCUUUACCGGGAUGAGAUUACCAAGGGCCUAACACAGGAGCUGAACAGACUGUACACACUUUUCUGUUCCCGGAACUCUGAGUUUGAAGAGAGGGGAGGCAAAGUGUCAAUUGUGUCUCACUCCCUCGGCUGCGUCAUCACCUACGACAUCAUGACAGGAUGGGAUCCAGUGCGCUUCUGUCAGCAGGAGCAUCACGCUGUGGAGGAGGAGCUGGACCUGCGCUGGAUGUCCUAUGAGGAGAAGCACGUUUUAGAGCAGCUGCAGCUAACCAGGAAUAGGUUACAAGAGUUGGAAAAUCAACUCCUCACACUGGAAGCCUCAAAACCUCUAGCACGCCCAGCCCUCAAAUUUAAAGUGGAAAACUUCUUCUGCAUGGGUUCUCCUCUGGCCGUGUUCUUAGCUCUGAGAGGGAUCCGGCCUGGUACCAGCUGCCACCAGGACCACAUCCUGCCUACCUUCAUCUGCAGCAGGCUCUUCAAUGUCUUCCACCCCACAGACCCUGUGGCCUACAGACUGGAGCCCCUCAUCCUCAAACAUUACAGCAAUGUUUCACCUGUUCAGAUACACUGGUGUAGCGCCAUUAACUCCACACCGUACGAUGAGCUCCGGCCGACCUAUCUGAACCCAGUCAAAGAGCCAACAUCUGACACUGAGAGCAUCCCCAGCCCGAGCACUUCUCCUGUACUUGCCCGCAGGCACUAUGGAGAGUCCAUCACCAACCUGGGCAAGGCCAGCAUACUGGGAGCGGCGAGCAUAGGAAAGGGCAUCGGAGGCAUCCUCUUCUCUCGAUUCUCCCGCUCCAACAGCCAGCCCUCCGUCUCGUUAGGACUGGAGGGAGGGGUGAACACGGAGGAAGAGGAACAGAAGCGGACUGAAAGCCAGUCAGCAUACGGCCUCUCCACCAUGAUUCGGCCCACCUCACCCAUUACUGACACAUCAUUGGAGCUGAAGAGGCGCGUCGACUUUGAGCUCCGGGAGGGUCUGGUGGAGAGUCGCUAUUGGUCAGCGGUGACCUCGCACACGGGUUACUGGUGCUCACAUGACAUAGCACUCUUCCUGCUGGCCUUCAUAUACAAGCCGAAGGCGACGCCCCCUGACCCAGCAGAAGAUACUCCAGAACCAGACUGAGGCAGCACAUGCGUCACACUUGAAUGGUGUCUUAUAACCCUGAAGUGGGGUAUGUCAACUUCUUGACAAGACACAAAAAUAAACCUCAUUCAUUUAUUUUCAUGCACACAAACUGCUCGAAUACAAUAAUGAUCUUAUUUUGUUAUAGCUCCCUGUGAUCCCGCGCUUUUAACUCGUGGGAAUCAUGACUGACAAACUGAUUUAAUUCCAAGAUGUGCAUUUUUGUCUUUUUGUGUGUGUAAUUUGUAUACAGUUGCGCACCCUAAGGGUGACAUUGUUGGACUAGGAACCCCUAAGGAGGUGCACCCUUUGCCAGUAUGACCACAAGCAACACAUAAACAUGGAAUAAGGGUCUUGUAAAUUUAAUCCAGAAGAAGAGAGUUCUAUCUUCACCCCCAAGUCUUCAACCUUAAACAGCUGCAGCCUGUUGAUAAAGUGUCCAUACAAUUCCUGUUAAUCAGUGCUUAAAUCAUCCAGCCCCCCCCCCCCCCCACACACACACACACACUCUGGAGCCUUGUGACUCACAUGCCUAACUCUGUCACUGAGGCUUCGAAUUCUGUGUCUGUUCCUUCUUUUUUCUUUUUUUUAUACUCUUAAAGAGAAAUAUAAUUGUCAAAAAAUAUGGUAGUUUUAUCAUUAAAAUAAACCUUUUAGCUACUACUUCUCAAAACGUAAUGCUAACAAGCAAAUGUGAUGCCUUUCAAAAUAAUCCAAAUAAUUUUAAUCUUGCAGAAUUACUGUUUAGCUUUUCCGUACAAAAACGUAGGGCAUUAUCCCUUUAAUAAUGUUUUCAAAGUAUGAAGAAAGACAUGAGAAAAAAAUAUAUUAUUACUGGUUUUCCUCAUUUUAACAUUGUUUGACUUUUUAAAUAGAUUUGCACCAAAUAAAACAUGAACAAAGCGCCAUUUUUUAUAUACUACACAAACAGUAGAUUUUAGUACCGGGCACAAAAUGUCUUUUACUAACACAACAGUUACAGCUAAACAGCCUCCAGGACAUCUUUAGUUUACAUGUGAUAUUUGCUUUACAUACAGAACUUUACAUGAGUCAACCACUUUUCUUUUUUUUAAAACAUUGAUGUCAUUCACAAGACUAGAGGUCAAAAUCAGUCAUUUAAACUACUGCUUCUAUGUUAGGCGAUAGUUAUGGAGAGGAUUGUCUGCUAUAUCUUUAUAUUGAUACCCAGAUGAAAUCAGGGGUACUAGAUGUAUUUUUUCUUUAAAAAUAAAUAUUUUUCCUAGUGAUUUUCAGGCUUUUGUGGAUAUAAACCGGGAUCUCAUCUCUUGACUCAAAGUUGCGGCCAAAUAUUAUUUUUGUGUCUAACUUAUGCUUUGCAUUAUUCAUUCUCAUGAAAAAGGAAAUUAACUAGGGUAAAAAUAGAUUUUUUUAUUGUUUGGAUCUCUUUUGCCUUUUCUUGUGACCAAUUUUCACGUUCCUCAUUUGAGCAAUGGACAUGCCAGCUUGUCUCUUCAUUUCUGUGAAAGAAGAGUUUCUUUAGUCUUUAAAAAAAAUACUAGACACCAGACUGUGUCUUUGCCUAAAUGACACUACUGGCAAAUUUACUCCAAAAUAAAAAUCAAAUGUAUACAACUGGAGACACCAAAUCAUGAUAUUUUGUUUAAAAAAAAACAAAAAAACUUUCUUUGACUUUUGCUGCUUAACAUGACUCUUGCCUUGGGUUUGUCAGAGCCCUUAUUCAAAAAAAGAAAUUCUCUUGUAAUGAUGGAUCGUACGCCUGUCGAAUGUGGUCCUUUUAAAAACAUGCCCAGUUAAGAUUAUGCAGAAGGUCGACCACUUACUCACUUUGCAUGGUGUUAUAUUAAUAGUGGAACAAGACAACAUUGCAGAGAGUGCCAACAACUCCGUUGUGUUCUUUAUUGAGUAGAAACCCACUCAUGGUUGUUUAUAGACUUCUAAUGAAAUCAUUUAUAAGACAUUUGCAUUGGAUGAAGAAAUGGAAUUACCCUCAGAUUGGAAUUAAUCACAUGUAACAGACAUGAAUAUUGUCCGUGUCAAAUUUUCUUUGUGUCCUACUUGUUAUAAUAGGGUAUCAAAACGUUUCUUUUUGAUUUGCUUUGGUGCAAGCUGCUGCUUUACUUUUCCACACAAUCAAGGGCUGUUGUUGACUUGUCUACCACUUAAUGGAAUCCAUUUAUUGGUAUUUAAUGUCUGUUUUUUAUGCAAAGGGAACCAGGCUGCCUCUCAGAUGACCGGAUAGGUGACAAUACUGGAGAGUGAUAUGAAAAUGUUUCUUUGUUUGAUCUGGUGGAUCUUGCACAUUCAUCAUUUAUGAAUUGCACAGAAAAGAUUUUUUGUUUCGUUUUUAAACAGCCCAUUAUUGAUGUUUUUAUUUUAUUUUUGCUGAGCAUGUGUUACAUUGCAGCAGUAGAUGCAGAACCCAUGUUGAACAUGUCACUUGGACAGUAGGCUUGCAGUUUGCCUUGGAGACCGUAGACAUGUAAUGAAACAUACAAGGACAAUUCCAUUGUUGCCUCUGUAUCUUUGAGUGACACCGUGUGGGUUCAGUCACAGCAAAUACGUCACGUAAGAAUGUGGACAGACCAUCAUAAACAAUGACAACAAUGUUCCCGAAAGUGUUUGUUUCCAAAAUGUACCUUCAACUUUGCACAUGUUUCAUUCUCACCGUCAUCGAUUCAAGCAAAAACUGUUACUAAACUGGAGCGCAUUCACGAAAACUUUUGUCAAGACACAUCAUACUUUUGAUCACAUGAGCAUUUAAUUAACAGCAUUCUGAAUGAGAACAGUAUAUUUUUCUUGUUAAAGGCAGCGCGAGCAUCAGGGAAACGUCUGCUGUGACAUGUUUCGUCCGUCCGUCACUGCUGUUGACGUCAGUUUGAAGCCAUUAUUGAGGAAGAGAAUUGAGUCACAGAUGUGUUGUCAGUCUUUUUAAUGUUCAGUGGUAAAUAAAGAAGGGCCUGCAGCCAUAUGUAAUCAGUCACUGGGUGAGAAGGAGAAAGAAAACACAUUGAAAUUUAUUGUGGGUGAAUCGAAUGAAAUUUGUGUCAGGUAUCACUGUUGCUCUAACUUUGAAUGGAUGUCAGGAAAGUGAUUUUUGUCUGUCCUUAGAGCUGUGCAAUAACCCAUGCCUGUUAUGGAUUCUAACUGCCAUCCAAAGCACUGUAUUUAUUUCCUUUUAUUAAAGCAUUUCUUUUUUGGA